AUGCCCGAACGGCUGCGGCGUCUUUUCGACCGUGCAUCACGACGCAGCCCCCCAGUUGUACCGAGAAACACCACAUCACAGUAUGGGCUGAAGCAACUUCAUGAGCCAUCGGAGGUUUCUGGACCCGCGGUGGAUAUCGUCUUCGUUCAUGGCCUGACCGGGUCUGCUGGCGAUACCUGGCACCAUAAGGACACUGGAUUUUACUGGCCAGCCAAUAUAGGCACCGGAAACCAUGUCCCUGCGCGUGUUUUCACCUUCGGAUACGAUGCGGAUGUCGCUAAGUUCUGGCAGCCCGUUUCCCAGCUCGGGAUCGAUAACCACGCGAGUAAUCUGCUUGGGUCUUUGGCGCGGGUGAGGAGUGAAACAGAGACGGUAUCUACCUUUCUUACCAUUCCUUCCGAUUGCCGCAGGACAGUUUUGGGUAAUAACUUUGACAAGGAAACUCGCAAAAUCAUCUUCAUCGCGCACAGUCUCGGCGGCUUAGUUGCACAGAAUGCUCUUUGUCUAUCCCAGACCAGCGCAGAAAUACACAUCAGAGAUGUCGGGAACAGCAUCCUGGCUAUUAUGUUCCUGGGCACUCCGCAUUUGGGAGCUGAUAUAGCGUCCUGGGCAAGGCUGGGUACGAGCAUUGCGAGUCUCGUCACUCGUCCGGCGCGAGACCUCGUGCGCGUUCUGGAGCCUGGCUCCGAGAUGCUGGCGAGUAUCCAGGAUAGGUUCCAUAGUAUUUGA